AUGAGAGAGCGCAUCACCUUCAUCCAGAAGCAAGGCGACUCAAUCGAGCCAACAACGCUCAAGAUCAAGGGCGGUGUCCUCAACGGCCCAGAGAUCCAGGCUGCCCGUGAAGACAGACUCACCAUUGCAAUCGAUGAGCUACCGACAGACCUACAAGCGCUCUUGGGCACAGCUCAUGAGCUUCACAUCAGAUAUGUCAGCUCUCAACCAUAUGAGGCAAUCACCCCUUUGCUAGCUAGGCUGCCGCCUGGCUUCCAUCUGUUCUACACCCCGGCAGGGCAAGCCAAUGCCACUUCCCCAGCGCUCUGCCUUGCCCUCAAUCAAAUUUUCGGGAAUGUUCAGUGCGAAAACCCAGAGAAGUCAUUCACGACUCUGCCAAGGGACCGUUUCUCUCACUCAGCUGCCUACCAGUUCUACCAACCAUCGGUAGACCUUUCCCCAUUCAUUGCACUCGCCAAAGAGAAGCUAUGUUCAUCUUCCAAGGACCAAUCUUGCGCUGCCAGGGCCGACCGCUUGACAAACGCCAGCUCUCUGGACAUCUCAUAUGAUGCCAUCUCUCACGCCGUCAAGCUCACUGCAACAUGGCCCUACCAGAAGCAAGAGGUUCACGCGACAUCCCGUCCACAGACACGGACCGAGGUUGGAGUCUUGAACUCGGACCGGCCAGGACACCUCGAGCCUCAUGAGCUGGGAAUUUCCGGUCUUCUCACCGUGCUCGGACAGGAUAAAAAGCCGUCUGCGACAAUGUUUGCCUUUGCCUCUCGACAUCGUGAUGCCGAGUCUAGCUUCUCCGCCGAGUUUCUAGAGCCAACAGGUCUUCACCCUACCCUUAAACUCAGGCUUGAGUCCAGCAAGCCACCUAUUGAAGAUGCCUACUGCUCACCACACGCCUACUUCACCCUUCCCAAGACCGUCUUCGCCGAUAGGCACCAACUAUCGGAUGACCUCUUUCUGGCCUCGAAGAAUCUCACCCGUCUACGCUACAUUUCUCAGCCCGUAGACCUCGAAGCUCCUGAAUAUGUUGAGAAGCGCUGGGGGUCUUCGCUUCUUCUGGAACUUUCCCCUCCCGAACAUGAAGAAUCAAAGUCUUGGACAGCACAAGUCCCCUUGCAUCUGCGCUACCUAUCUCCCGCUGAAGGCGGCUAUACCGAUAUUCAAGUUCCAUACCCGGCUGUUUUCUGGGCUUGCGCGGCUGAGGAAGGUACCAAGUUCCCUAACAAUCCGUUCGAGAAGGCCAACCUUGGCUACGACGGCCUUUUCGGCCCUAGGACGGUAUUCUGGCAUGUCGAGCCUCGCCCGACAAUCGGCAGCCGUUUGAGCAACAUGAUCAAGGUGCCAGUCCUGGACACAAACAAGGCGGAGUGGGUAAGCGGCGGCACCGGGCUAGCGGUACUCCUUGGCUUUGCCUGGAUCAUGUGGAAGUUGUUCGGCGUGCUUUCAAAGUUUGGAUACCAAAACCAACCCUCGCAAGCUGCGGAGGUUGUCAAGGCCAAGAAGAAUCAGUAA